AUGGUGAACGGCGUCAAGAAAUACACGACUCAAAAGCUGCACGUCGGCAAGAACAACGAAGGCUAUUGGACGUGUGAGCACAUGAUCAAACAAGGUCAAGAGGAAGUGGUCGCAGCAUUCAACGAAAUGCACCCGGGAGCGAAGGGAUACUUUACCUUUGAUCAGUCGACGAAUCAAGCAGCCUUCGCCCCUGAUGCGCUCCGUGCCUCGAAUAUGAGUCUUAAACCGGGUGGCGCCCAAGCCCUUCUUCGUCCUGGACGACUGCUGGGUGGAACAACUCAAAGUAUGGUCUUUGAAGAAAACCAUACCCGGAGUGGCGAGGCCAAAGGCGACGUCCGCAUGUGCUGUGCGCGCCAUUGCAUGGCUUCCCAAGAAGACUUUCGUGCCCAGCUGUCCCUAUUGGAAGAGACAAUAAUCAGGGCUGACGCCAAGCGCUACGCCAGGAGACACUGCGACUACUCGUUCGAAGGGUUAACGACUUGUGUCCCUCAAAGCCUUGAUUCCAGCUUCGAGUAUGACUACGAGUUAACAAGGUUCGCGCACACCAAGUACAAGAGCACAGACGAAUCCCAAAGUUAA